GACUCUGCUUUUUUUGCAGCAGCAGUUGCAGUUAUGGCAAGUACAGGAGCUUUGGUCAGGCCUGUGGUUUCCUUCUCACCAAACUGGGCCACAAUAUCUCUGCAUGACUCUGUAACUCUCAUAUGUAACGUGGGUUCUACUUCUCUGCUAAGCCAGAGAUAUUCCUGGUACAAGGACAAUGAGAGGAUAAAGGGAGAGGAACAGAACUUUAGAAUUGAGAAUACAGAAGAGAAGGACAGAGGGAAUUACAAGGACAAUGAGAAGAUAAAGGGAGAGGAACAGAACUUUAGAAUUGAGAAUACAGAAGAGAAGGACAGAGGGAAUUACAAGGACAAUGAGAGGAUAAAGGGUGAGGAACAGAACUUUAGAAUUGAGAAUGCAGAAGAGAAGGACAGAGGGAAUUACCAGUGUCAGACUGGAACCAGUGAGAGAAGUGACCCAGUGAGACUGAAUGUUACAAAUCAUCGUGUGAUUCUGCAGGCGCCCCCAAGUGUUUAUGAAGGGGACCAACUGACUCUGAGAUGUUACACUCCUAAUUAUAAAGCAAAAUAUACAACAUUCUAUAAAGAUAAUGUAAACAUAUCAUCCUCCUCUACUGACACAGUCACUUUGGUUGCAAGUGUGGGAAUGACUGGUACAUACAGAUGUAAAACACUCCUGCAGCUUUAUUCCGAUCAUUACUCUCCUUAUAUAUCUGCUGAAAUAGUCAUAACCAUCCAAGAACUGUUUUCCAGGCCAGAGAUCAGAGCAAAUAAUAAUUCAUUACAGGAGGGAGAUCUACUGACCAUAACCUGCCAUACAGUCCUUAAUCCAGCCAGAGCCAAUACAGAGCUACAGUUUGCUUUCUACAGAAAUGGGCACAAUGUGCAGGGAUUUCAUUCAUCCAAUCAUUACACCAUCCAAUCAGCUCGGCCUCAGGACUCUGGCAAUUACACCUGUCAUACAGCAGCUCCAUCAGUCAGUGUAACGAAGGGGAGCAAAGAGCUAACCAUCUACUUCCAAGCAGCAGUUGCAGUUAUGGCAAGUACAGGAGCUUUGGUCAGGCCUGUGGUUUCCUUCUCACCAAACUGGGCCACAAUAUCUCUGCAUGACUCUAUAACUCUCACAUGUAACGUGAGUUCUACUUCUCUGCUAAACCAGAGAUAUUCCUGGUACAAGGACAAUGAGAGGAUAAAGGGAGAGGAACAGAACUUUAGAAUUGAGAAUGCAGAAGAGAAGGACAGUGGGAAUUACCAGUGUCAGACUGGAACCAGUGAGAGAAGUGACCCAGUCAGACUGGAUGUUACAAAUGAGCGUUUGAUUCUGCAGGCGCCCCCCAGUGUCUAUGAAGGGGACCCCCUGACUCUGAGAUGUUACACUCCUAAUUCUAUAGGAAAAGAAGUAACUUUCUAUAAAGAUAAUGUUAUAAUAUCAUCCUCCCCUACUGACACAGUCACAUUGGAUACAAGUGUGGGAAUGACUGGUACAUACAGAUGUAAAGCAUUGCUGCCGUCAGAAUUACAUUGUUACUCUCAUUAUACAUCUGCUGAAAUAGUCAUAACCAUCCAAGAACUGUUUUCCAGGCCAGAGAUCAGAGCAAAUAAUAAUUCAUUACAGGAGGGAGAUCUACUGACCAUAUCCUGCCAUACAGUCCUUAAUCCAGCCAGAGCCAAUACAGAGCUACAGUUUGCUUUCUACAGAAAUGGGCACAAUGUGCAGGGAUUUCAUUCAUCCAAUCAUUACACCAUCCAAUCAGCUCGGCCUCAGGACUCUGGCAGUUACACCUGUCAUACAGCAGCUCCAUCAGUCAGUGUAACGAAGGGGAGCAAAGAGCUAACCAUCUACUUCCAAGGAGGAAGUUACACCAUAGAGAAUAUCAUACGGCUUGUCCUGUCUGUAUGUAUACUCCUCUCUGUCCCAUUUCUCUGUUACUUCCAUAUCAAAUGACCUAAUCCAUAAUGAGUGUUAUCAUUUCAUUAUACUCCCCUUUUAAACACUUCCCUUUGAUUCUUUUAUGUAAAAAUAAAUAUUUUAUAGAAUUA